UGAGAGCACCAGGACUACCAGGGCAGGGGUUUUAGGGGGAAGACACACGACAUGGGGCGGACACAAUGCUGUUACUCCAAGUGAGAUGUCUGGCAGGGUAGUGGAGUUACAUCUGUUCCUCCUCUGGUGACCCUUGCCUGGAUGUUGCCUGGAYGCCUGCUGCCCAGCAUGAAUUUUAUAGAGAUUAUUUGGUUUUCCACUCUCUUUGAUGCGUCCCUAGAUGAAAAAAUSCUGUGUUACUGGGAAGUAGCUAAUUAUCUUUCUCUAAAGGUGGCAUGGCAGAGGGGUAGUUUCACAGGGUGAAUCAGUAGGAAAAGAAUUCCAGAGUCCUGCCACCUUGUUUCCACAUCCGCAAUGCUUUAAGACAUGGUCCUCAGGCAAAUGAAUUAAUUUAAAUUCCUGAUUUAUGUUUGUUUAUUUUUCCUGCCAAGGCCUAAAUGAAGUUUACAACACCUUCAUGYCAUUCUGCUUUUCUCACAUCACCAYAGGYAGUAGCAUAAUAUCUGUAUAAGUAUCUUAGACAKGUAUAGGAAAGCCUUCCAUUGUUAAAUAUGUAAAAUUUGAGGGGAAAUCCAGAUACAGCCCUCAUGUAACAGUAAUAUUAUUAGCGRACUGAAUUGUUGGGAUUUACAUAUCCUGUACAUAAUGGUAGGAUUGGCAGGAAGUAAAACCUCAAAGAAGGUGGGAUUUGAUGGUAUUAGGUGAUUUGGUACAAGCCUUGCAAGAGCCAUUAGCUUUGAUAUGUAAGUGCACCCCGAUGGUGGGCCUGACAAACAAGUCUCCCCAGAAUUGACUCAGAAGUGAUUCAGAAUUUCACGUGUAGUUAAAUUUAACGCAUUUGUUUAUAGUGUCAAAUAAUUGUUACAGACUAAACAGAUGUUCUUUCUUCAUCUAAUCUUUCUCCUUGGAACUAAAAGUAAAUAUGUGGACAUGUAACUUUAAAAUUACUUUUGUCAUGUGUCUUGUUCUUAAAUUUGUAGGGCUUUUUUAACAUCCAGUAAGAUUAUAUAGACUGUGCUCACUGAGGGGUGAAACCUAAGGGUACUGAGUCGUGCAGGUGAGCCAAAUCAAAGAUUUUUUGUUUAAAAUUACUCCAUAGGUGAACCAUUAUCAGGUGAAGAAAAAUAAGGUAAGAAGGACCGUUCAGUAUUCUAUAGAGAGAUAUAGUCAGUAGUUUGGACAAUUCAUUUAGCUUUUGGUAUGGUUUUUUGUAUGUUUUAGAUGUAAGUCUUGCCCAUCUCUCAAAGGUUUUUAGGUGCUUUUUGAAAUGGCAGRAACACUAUUUCUUUUUAAAGCAGAGGCUUGCAUUUAUUCUUCCUUCCUGAUCAAAACAAUGCAGAAAAUGCAUGAAUGUUUUCUAUCUGCAGGUAGGAAAGGGACACUGUCCCUUUUUCCCGUGCAUACCAGGAUAUACCAUCCUCUGACUGUUUGUUUUCUUAAAUCUUGGUUUAUCCUUGUUGAUGUCUAAACCCCCCUUAUUAACUUCCAGAAGCUUUGGUCAUCACUGUGGAAUUCCUGGCAUGAAAAGGCAGAGCAUAGAGAGAAGAUCCUUGCUAAACUGCUGUAAUGAUGAAGACAGUGAUUCUAAUUGUCCUAAUCAUCUUCUCUUUGCUGGCUUCAGGGAAAAAAUUCCGAUGGUGCACCCUUUCUGACCUGGAACAGAGGAAGUGCGCUGAGCUCUCCAAAGCGCUUWCGGCUGUGCUGCCCCUCACUACUGCCAGCUCCUUUACUAGGAUUUCUUGCAUCAGAGCCCACAAUACAUAUGAYUGCAUUGAUAAAAUCAGGGCAAAUAAAGCAGAUGCUGCCUCCUUGGAUGCUGGAGAUGUUUACUCUGCUGUAAAGCUGUAUGGUUUGGCAGUGGUGGCAAAGGAGAUCUAUGAUCAAGGAAAUUGUGUGUUUGCUGUGGCCAUUGCUAAACGAGGAACUCUGAAUAUCCAGAGUCUACGAGGUGUGCGUAGCUGCCACAAUGGAGCCAGGUGGACCUCAGGCUGGAAUAUUCCACUUGGCUUUCUUCUUGCAAGAAAUUAUCUUUCCUGGGAUGAGGCACAACCUCUGAGCCAAGCAAUCAGUGAGUAUUUCAAUGCAAGCUGCAUCCCUGGAGUUGGUGUUGCUGCUCCCCGAUUGUGUUCUCUCUGCCAAGGACAAAAAUCCUAUGUCAGAGACAGGAACCACUUCUGUGAGACAAGCAGUAAUGAACCCUUCUAUGACUCUGAGGGAGCCUUCAGGUGCUUGAAGGAUGGAGUGGCAGAUGUUGCCUUUUUAGAUCAUCUAAGAAUUAUGAGUGCCACAGAGUCAGAACAACAGGAAUAUGAACUCUUGUGUCCUGAUGGGUCCACAGCUGAGCUGACCGAAUACAGCACCUGUAACCUGGGCAAGGGGCCUGGCCGUGGCAUCAUCACCCGCAACAACUUCCAGAAGAUCACCAACAAAUUUCUUAGCAUGAUCCAACGCCUCUUUGGGCGAAAAGGAAAGGAAAGAGCCAGAUUUGAACUGUUCARUUCAGCACCCUUUGGGGGAAAGAAYCUGCUGUUCCGAGAUGCCACUCAGCACCUAGAGCUUCUCGAGGAGCAGCUGGAGAUUGCCUAUGUCCUUGGUCUGGAUUAUGUAGCUCUCCUUAAGGGRCUAGGCCAUGAAGGGAGCUCUUUGGACAACAGCAUUGUGCGCUGGUGCUGCAUCAGCGAUGCUGAGCUUYGCAAAUGUGAGGAGUGGGCACUGAGCAUCCAAUCCGACCCCUUAGUCUGUGUCCAAGCAACUUCCAUGACCAAAUGCAUCGAAAUGAUCAAGAGUAGUGAGGCUGAUGCGGUCACCCUGGAUGCAACACACGUCUACAUUGCAGGGAGGUGUGGACUGGUCCCAGUAGCUGCAGAAUGCUAUGGGGGAGAGUGUGCCCUAGCAGCUGAGACCGUGGACAAAACAGGGAAACUAAUUCACCUUAAGCACAAAGCACUGCCACCUGUUUAUGCUGUUGCCCUAGCUAAGAAAAGUGCCAAGCAGAUUCACAUCCAUAACCUUAGGGGAAGGCGAUCAUGCCACAGUCACCUGUACAGUCCUGGAGGAUGGUUGCUUCUGUCCAGACACAUAGUGGGAACUCAGAAGAAUGAUACUGAGAACUGUGAUAUUGACUCUGCUUAUCAGAAUUACUUUUGGAAGGGCUGCAUGCCAGGAGCAGAUGGAAACCUGUGCAAGGUGUGCAUUGGAGACGGUGAGGUGGAAGGAGCUCGAGUGUCCAGCAGAUGUGCUGCAAGUCACAACGAACGUUACUAUGGCAAUAUGGGAGCACUCAGGUGCCUUGUUGGCAAUCCCAGUGGAAGAAGCUUUGGAGAUGUAGCUUUCAUGGAACACUCUAACCUGCUCCAGAACAUAGAGGAUCUGGACAGCUCUGGUUGGGCAAAAGGUUAUACCCCUCUUGACUUUGAACUGUUGUGUCCCGAUGGAACGCGCACCGCAGUCACCGAAUGGGCAGGCUGUAACCUUGGCCCCAUUCCCCCCAGCACAGUCAUGACUCGACCAGUCACUGUCACUAAAAUCUCUGACUUUCUACUGAAAUCCCAGGAAUCUCUGGGAAGCAAAUUGGAUUCUGAAUUCCAGCUCUUUCAGUCGUGGAAGUAYGGUGAAAGUGAUCUGCUUUUCAAAGACGCCACUCAAUACCUUGUUCAUGCAAGUCACCUGAGCUAUCAGGAAAUCCUUGGAGUGUCUUUCSUUCAGCUGGCAGAAUCAGUGUUUAAUUGCACACCUGCAGGCAUCUUGGACUUCUGCAAACAGGAUAUCUGUGCAUCCUCAUCCAACUGACAGCGAAUACAGAGGCUUUGCAGGGCACCAGCGUUGCUGAAAACAAGGAAAAUGUGCAAGUCUGACCUAUCUAAAGCAAUCAGCRAGGAAACAGUAAUCUCUAGAAAUGUAUGGUGAAUACCUUCUUGUCUUUU